GCGAACGACGUGGAAAGAAGUGCUCGUCAUGACCUGGGGGGGCCUGCGUGGAGCGGUCGGCCUUGCGCUGGUGUUGUCCAUGCGGGAGUUGCUGAUGCAGCAGGGCAAGCAGGAGACGGCACGGCUCAUGGUCUUCUUUGUCUCGGGCUUUGCUGCCCUCACAUUGUUGGUGAAUGCCACAACCUGCAGUUUGCUCUUGAAGUGCUUGGGUCUCACAAAGACGCCUGAGGCUCAGAGUGCAAUCCUGGAGCGUCUUCGUCAUGAACUGUUUGUGGUGUCUCGAAGAGCCUUCACCGAUUCACUCGACUGCGAUGGCCGUUUCAAGGCGGUGAAGGAGCGUGAAAUCAAUCACAUGCUGGAGCACUUGAACGCAGAGUUGGACGAACCACAUGAGGAGUGGAGCAUGAAACUGAUUGGUGCUGGGAGAUGGACCCUUUCAGGCCUCACCGUGUCCAACAACAUCAACCCCUUUGCGGUACGUCCAGCCCCCGAAGGUGCAGAGCCCGAGAAGCAAGAAGAGAAGCCAGAGGAGAAGCCAGAGGAGAAGCAAGACAAAGGCCGAACGUCAGCGCUCGGUGCGGCACCACCACGGCGCUCAAGUAUACAAGCAUGGGACCACCACUGGUGGUGGGGCUUUGAGGAGAUCAAAGUGGACCGUGAGGCCACCUGGACUAGACAGACGAGCCAAGAGAGGCAAGCUGGGCAAGCUGCGCCGGGGUCCCAUCAGGAGCGGGAGGUCUUUCGGAAGCUCUUUAUGUCCAUGUUGCGUGCCGAGUAUGUGCGGCUGAUGGAUGUGGGAAUGCUUCCAAGACGAGCUUCAGGCGCUGAGCACCUCUUGGCGUCGGUGGAUGCUGCGGACGACUGGGCGGCCGUGCGUUUGAACGAUUGGACGAUCUUGGAAAAGAAACUCCCACGUCGAGCAAGCUGGAUACGAGUCAAGGUGCGCGAGAUGCUCUCACCAUGCUUUGUGUUUUGCCCUGUUGAGAUUAAUGGAGGUUCACAUUUCUUUGAUCUCUUCACUGUGGUGGCCUUCAUCGACGCGCAUCACACAGUUUGUCAUGGACUACUGCAGAGUGACUGGUUCUCCACGGAUGCUCGUAGCGACGUCAUCGAGGAGUCGCUGGCAGAACUUGAAGCUGCUCGAAAGUUUCUCAAAGAGAAUCGCGUUGGAGAGCGGGACAUCAGCAAAGUUCGUACGCUACAGCUGGCCAGCAUGCUCUUCCAGACGCAGCAGGAUCAAGUGGAGAAGUGGAAGCAACAGGGUAUCAUUUCGGCGAAGGAAAUGGAGGCAGGAAGCUGAGCUGCUUCUGCCACCCGAGUUACGCGGUUUUUCCCCCGCCUGGUUCGAGGCUGCCACGUCCGGUCGCCUUGGCCCGUUAGGAGUUGCUCCACCUGGUGAAGCACGGCCUGGACCGGUCGGAAAUGAUCUUGAAGAAACAGGUUCUCGGAGAUGAAGAGGUAUCUCCCAAAUCGUCCAGGAAGAUGACCUUUUCCACCCUCGUCCGACUCCUACCGGGCCGAUGAGACACGCGCGGAUCCCCGAGCGGCGAGCGGUGCGAAGCCCGAAAGGGCGGUGGGCGGCGCCCGUCACCCAGUGGGCCUUAGGUGCAUGACAUUGACAUGUCUGGUGCCGCUCAUGACCUUCAGCUCUCUUCGGAGCGGUGCUGUGCAUUUGAAAGCGGAACUCCAUUCUUUGGCGCAUUUGGAUGUCCCUGUUUGGCGCAGAAGGCCCAAAGAGGCACAUUGCGUUUACCGUUUGAGGGACGAACGAAACACCAUUUGUGUACCAUAGUCGCGUAUAGCUUUCAUGGUGGCCGAGCCGCAACAUCCUUUCAAUGCUUUGUGAAUAGACAGACGUGGCUAAUCCGAUAGAGAAUGGAUCACCUCUUACUGCUGAAGCUGUUC